AUGGACUUUUAUGACACAGCUUGGGAUGAGAGUGGACGUUGUGAGAUAGUUCAGAUCUUUGUAUCGCAUGGUGAUAGGGGGCGAAUCAAUUCCAUACAAUUCCAGUAUGCUGAGAAUGGAACUUUGGUAUUGUCUAACACAUAUGGCAAAAGUUCUAGACUCUCAUUUGAUGUGGUAAGGUUGGAUUAUCCAUCGGAGUAUCUUACCUGGGUCAGCGGUCAUAAAGCCGUUUAUCGAGGAGGUAUAAGUUCACUAGCAUUUGGUACCAAUCGAGCAACGCACGGACCGUUUGGUUGCCCUAGAGAGGAAGACAUAGAGUUUCGGAUACACUUUGGACUGGACCUGGACCGGCAAUUCGGUGGAUUUCAUGGACAAAAAAGCUACGACAAUCUACAUAUAGCUUGGGAUGUUCCUAUUUUCGAUGCUGGUGUAAAACUUGGUAAUGUUGGUAUUACGGAGUAUGAUGAGUCACACACACCGGAGGGAGAUGACGGUCAUGGAUUUGGUGGAUUUCAUGGCACUGUUGAGCAUGCACUAAACUCCAUUGGAGUUUAUUUCAAACCAGACACCUCCGGACACCCCUAA